CCGGCGGCGCGGAGGCGGGGUCCCCGGCGAGCCGCCCUGGGAGGCGGGGGCCGUUUCCAUAGCGGCGGCAGGAGGUGUCGCGCCGGGGAACUUCCUGGUUCCCGGGCUCGGCUUCGCCGGGAUCCUCUGGAAGGGAAACAAUGGGGCGGAGGGCACUGCGGUAGCCGCCGCCGCCGCCGCCGCCGCGCCGCCGCGCCGCCGGACCUGCUCGGCCGCCCCGCCCCGCCCGGCCCGCGCCGCCCGCCCCGCAGCCUCCGCCGGCGGGACCGUCCGGAGAAUAGGACAUGCAUUCCUCUGAGAAGCCCUGGACAGUAGAUUUUAGCUUAAUAUUGGAUUGGGACAACAUACAGAGACAUUUCCAGUCAUGAAUUCGGACCAGGAUGUAGCACUCAAACUUGCCCAGGAACGAGCUGAAAUAGUUGCUAAAUAUGACAGAGGACGAGAAGGUGCAGAGAUCGAGCCUUGGGAAGAUGCUGACUACCUCGUUUACAAAGUCACUGAUAGAUUUGGCUUUUUACAUGAGGAGGAGCUCCCCUAUCAUAAUGCAGCUGUGGAACGGCAAAAACAUUUGGAAAUUGAAAGAACUACCAAAUGGCUGAAAAUGUUAAAGGGAUGGGAAAAAUACAAGAACACUGAAAAGUUUCAUAGAAGAAUUUACAAGGGAAUCCCUCUCCAGCUCCGGGGUGAAGUCUGGGCUCUCCUCCUUGAGAUCCCUAAAAUGAAAGAAGAAACAAGAGACCUUUAUAGUAAAUUAAAACACAGAGCACGGGGUUGUUCACCUGAUAUCAGACAAAUAGACCUUGAUGUCAACCGCACAUUUAGGGACCAUAUUAUGUUUAGAGACAGAUACGGUGUUAAGCAACAAUCCUUAUUCCAUGUUCUUGCUGCAUAUUCUAUUUAUAAUACGGAAGUCGGCUACUGUCAGGGGAUGAGCCAGAUCACAGCUCUGCUCCUCAUGUACAUGAAUGAGGAAGAUGCCUUCUGGGCCCUGGUCAAGCUCUUUUCAGGCCCCAAACACGCCAUGCAUGGAUUUUUUGUCCAAGGUUUUCCUAAACUCUUGAGAUUUCAAGAACAUCAUGAAAAAAUACUGAAUAAAUUUCUGUCCAAACUUAAGCAACACUUGGAUUCCCAAGAAAUCUACACAAGUUUUUACACAAUGAAAUGGUUUUUUCAGUGUUUCCUUGAUCGUACUCCUUUUACACUGAACCUCAGAAUAUGGGAUAUCUACAUCUUUGAAGGAGAACGAGUCCUUACUGCUAUGUCUUACACAAUCUUAAAAUUACACAGAAAACAUCUAAUGAAAUUGUCUAUGGAAGAACUUGUAGAAUUUCUUCAGGAGACUCUAGCAAAGGAUUUUUUCUUUGAAGACGAUUUUGUAAUCGAGCAACUUCAGAUAUCAAUGGCAGAACUAAAGAGGGCAAAAUUAGAUCUCCCAGAACCUGGUAAAGAGGAUGAAUAUCCAAAGAAACCUCUGGGACAGCUUCCACCUGAAUUUCAUUCUGGUAGCACUCACCACCUGAGCAACGGACAGAGAAGUGUUGGUGUUCCUAGUCCCCUCGUAAGCAGCAGGCGAGAGCGCGGCUCAUCCCCACACAGGAAGCAGGAGCACUCCCCUCACCAUCAGAGCCGAGCCGGCACACCAGAGAGAGUCAGGCCGCUCGGGAGGAAGUCGGCGGACGCGGAUAGUAACAACCUGAAAGAUGAGGCAGCUGUGCAAAGAAAACCUUCAGGUCCACAAGACAAUUCCAGGCCCUAUAACCAUGCAGCAGCUAACCAGAAUAGCAAUGCCACUUCAAAUAUCAGGAAGGAAUUUAUGCCCAAGUGGAACAAACCGUCAGAUGCUCCAGCUAUCGAAAGAACUGCCAAAUUCACCACAGAAGGCAGAAGUAGAUCAGUACAUCCCGCGCUUUCGGUCCCAAGUUCUGCUGAAAGCCGAGUCCCGAACACAAGGCAAAAGGUGAAGGCUCUGGAGGCUGGCGAGGGGAAGCGGGGCUCCAACGCGUCACAGUACGACAACGUGCCCGGGAGUGAAAGUGAGAGCGGGGCCUUCGUGGAAGAGGCGCUCGAAAGGGCUUACUCUCAGAAUCCAAGGAAUGCCUUUUACUCCAGCACUCCACGAAAGCAUGCUGAGCCAAGCUCUAGUCCACCCAAAGCAUCCAACAAGUUUACUUUCAAAGUGCAGCCUGCAGGCUAUGGAAGAUACCCCUCCCAGUUAGAAGGGGAUGACUGUGGGCCCAUAAACCCCCCCUCUUACAGCAAUCCCCCCGUUUACCAUGGACAUUCUCCAAAACACACGCCCGCGGCUGCCAGCAGCAUUGUGCCUGCACAGAUGGGCCCUGCCACGCACGUGAAUCCUCCCUGGAGACCUUACGGCUCCACUGUUUCCACCGAUAAUUCUCCUGAGAAGUCUUCCACCCGCCCCACUCCUGUGGUCCUGCCCUCUAGCCGCAUAGAAGUCCUUCCUGUUGACCUUGGUGCUGGGGGGUAUGUGGGCAACUCAGGAUCACCAAAGAAUGGAACGUUCAUCCUUCCUCCAGUGGAUUAUUUGCCGGAUAACAGGAAGUGGUCAGAAGUGAGUUUUACUUACCGGCCUGAGAUGCACGGACAGUCUUGGACUCGCGAUGCUAGCCAUAGCCACUUAAGCAAUUUACCAAAAUACACAGCCUUUCCACACGUGCCCUUCCAGGACCAUGGCCUCCCCCCAGUGUCAGUAGAUGGUCCCGUGCGCUAUAAAACCUCACCAGCUGCCGAAGACGCCAGUCCAGCUGGGUAUCAGUACACAGGGCCCUCGCCUCCAGCAUAUCACUACAGAAAACGAGAGGGGCUUGCGCUUCAAGAAUCAGUAUUGCUGUGAGAAUUGCUCUCUUCUUGCUGAAGACGAGACUAGAAACCAUACGCCACCUACAUUGCUAUGUUUAUAAUUGCCAAAGCAGUAUUUUCUGUAUUGUAAACAGCUCGCACAAUUCUAAUGUAUGUUAAUAAUAAGAGUAUAUGGAAACAUUUUCAUCCCCAUGUAGAUGCUGCUGAAGAUGAGCGUUUAAAUUGCAUCAUCACUGAAUAUGUGCAAAAGAAUCUAACCUGGAGACAGAGCAGUAGCACUUAGGGCUGCACACGCACGCGCAGUAAUGAUUCUUCACCCAAUCUCAUUGAAGUCUUUCUCUAAAACCUACAUGUUUUUACUUUGGUGGCCCAUUCUAUUUUGACUGAUGUUACAAAGCACUGGAAAACUAUAGAAGGAAUAUUUUAAAGACUACAUGUAGUGUAUCUUUUAAUAGAUAUAGGCAUCUAUGCAUACACACUUGAACACAGAACUGAAGAAACACUUCUUAAAGACUACUUUUCAUCUAGAACCAUCAAAUCAUGUUGAUAUUUUUCUCCUUGUCUUUCAGUUCAGUUUUUCCCCUUUAUGUUUUUUACCCAGAUCCUAAGCUGACUAGUUUGCCCCUUCAUGUUAUUAAUACAUCUCAGAAAUGCUCCUCAUUCAUUCCCCAUCGGUUGCUGCCAGUUUAUUUCCGUGGGGAAAAUUAAAGAUACUGGAGAGAAAAGCUAACCACUUCAUGGUGCUUCAGAUUUGGGGCAGUUAACAUAAGUUUAUGGCGAGAGAGGCGGCCCUCCCCGGAUCCAUGUUGGUGUUUGCGUGUCCGUGUGUGCCCCGGCACUCGAGGCUGGGGGAGCCUGUCCCUUGCGGGGUGCUGCGGUCGGGG